AUGGCUUUACCCGAACUGAAGUCGGCAAGGAGUGCCGACUUCAGUUGGGUCAUCGUGGUUUGCCCACGAAGACCACGCCGGCCGAACGGCCAGCGAGAUCUCCGCACGCCCUUCCCCUCUCUCCCUCUCCCUCUCUCCCUCUCUCUCUCUCGCUCUUUCUCUUCUCUGAGAGCCCCAACCCUUGUUCCAUUUCAUUUUUCCUCCUCAUUUUCCCCUCUUCUAGAGACGGUCGCCGGAGCCGUAGGCGUCGCCGGAGCCGCCAUCGCCGCCGGAGAAGCCACUCGUCGACCGCCGGAGGGGUUCGUGAUAUCUGUGGCAGGAAUUUUUAAGCGAGCCCAGGUGAUGACAUGUGAUUAUAGGGAUUACGGGAUGGAGUGGUCAUGAUGUAGUUAGCUAAUGGAUAUGGACUUUUCCUUUUGACAUAUGUAUAUAUUUAUGGACAUUUGAAUUGAAAACUGGAAUUUAUCUUUGUUUA